UCUCAUUCUUUAGAUGCGAAUAAAAUAAUAUAUUUAAUGAAGCAACUUCAUUCAUUGAUCAUCUGCAAUUUCCCGCUUAGGGUCGCUCAGCGUGAAUGGGUUCAGCCCAAACAAACCACUAAUCGAACAUGUAACCCACUGGUGAGCCACUGAAAAAAGAAUUACAAAUGGUAUGUACCGAAACCAAUGUCAAUCGAGAAGCUGAGCAAACAUUUCCGAAUGUCAACCAUGGUGUUUGAUCACGCACUUCUGUGCAAGAUCUGGUAUAAAAGCGACCACAGAUUUCCAGAUCAGGCACACAUCACCAUGCGCUUCUCAUUCGUUCUGCUCCUCGCGGUCCUCGGCUGCUUCCUGCUGGCCAAGGAGAGUGGCGCUACAGGCUCCUCCACAACCACCGUAGCUACAACCACCACCGGGACUACAACCACCACCGCAGCUACAACCACCACUUCCGCGUCGGCCACUACGACUACAGCGACUACAGUCGCUCCCGCCACCACCACCACCACAGCAGCAUCGACCUCGGACACGACCACAACGUCCUCAUCAUCGGGAUCGUCAGGCUCGAGCUCGGCAGCGGCCAGGCGUCGCAGACGUGCCUUCAUUCGUCGUCGUCGUCAGCUGAGGAGGCAGCGCGAGGAGCGCAGGAGGCGCCGUAUGCUCCAGCUGUACGAGAGGCAGCGUAGACUGAUCAACCAGCUCCGCGGCUAG